AUGCAAGUCGCAGAGAUCCUCUCGGAUAUAAAUUCCCUCCGUGUCUGCGGUCAUAACGAGGCCCUGGCACUGGUGAAUGUACACAAAAAUAUCACAUCCACAGAUUCAGCCGAAUCUGGUAGCAUAUUGGCAGAUAAGAGCGCGGCAGAUGACGAGACCGAUCUUCGUCGCGCAAAGGAGCUGGUUGAGCUACACUAUGAGGUGAAGGCGAGGCAUACCAACGGAACUAUUGACGAGGAUCUGAGUCAAGCUCGGCAAGACGUCAGACGAGUUCUCAUGGAGCUGUCGACUGUCUAA